CAGCUCGACUCUAUUGUCGAUCGAUGCAAUCUGGUUUCGCUUAGUUCGACCUUUCUGUUCUGAGUGAGCGUUAGCUCAGUUUGCCCUCGCUGUUAGCAAGCAAAGGCUAACGUGGUUAACCAUGCUAGCUCUAAACAGUCACUACUGGUUUCAUAAAUGUUCGUUUCCUCGACAUGUCAGCGGAAUAGUCGCAAUGAUGUGUAAAUUAAAACUGGAGACGCCACAACAGCAUGGAAACUUCAGAAAAUCUACAGAAAGGCCGGCUAAACUCCUCUCAGCAGCCGCUAACUUCCACACAUCUGCGCUUCAGCGCCGGAAUUUACUGAUGAAGAUGCUCUUCAAAAAGAAGAAGAAAAGGUGGUAUGAAACUCCUCAGGUGAGGCAGCCUUUACCCACUGCUCAGUCUGGCUUCCUGACUCCAGCCAAGAAGAAAAACCAGGAGGACAGUCAGCGAGUGCGGACACUGAACAUUAUCGUCUGUAAGGCUGUUUCAGACCUGCUGGCCUCUCAUGAGGUCAAUGCGGAAAUCCCUAGUUACAGUGUGGAGAUUACUAAAGUUUCGUUCACAGCAGAUUUCUCUUCUUGUCGAAUCUACUGGAAGACAAGUUGGUCUGCUGAUAGAGACAGCCAGAUCCAGCAUGCUCUGGACAGGAGUGCCCCUCGUAUACGAUACCUUCUCAUGUCACUACAAAUUCUGAGCAACGUUCCCCCUUUAGUUUUCGUCCGAGAUAAAAAAUAUGCUGCUCUGCAAGAGGUUGAAAACCUUCUCGAGAUUGCAGACUAUGGGCCAAGUGAAGACUCGGGCAAUCUGUCUCUUGGUGGAAAAGACGCUGAGAUUAGACUGCAUUCUGUGGAACCUUUGGACAAGAAGAGACCUUUGUGGUUUGGAAUUGAUCAUGACGCCCUGCAUAAACAGAUUGAAGACUAUAAACAACGGUCCAGAGACACUCACACAGAAAGCACCAGCUCUGCAGGGCUAACUCAGGAACAGCUCGACAUGUUAGCAGAGAUCCGGAAGCAGAAACUCAUUGAGAAGAAGAAACGUAAAUCGAAGAGGCUGAAAGAUGACGAUAUUACCCCUAAAGCGUUUCUGCUUGCAAGGCAGCUUCAGAAGGAGGAGCAGGACAAAGACUGUAGCAGUGAACACUGCUUAGAGGACAGCCAGGUUUCAGAACUGAUGGCAGAGUACAAGAAGAAGAACUGAAACAAAAAGGCUAGCGUGCAAGAGCUGAAUGUGUCCUCAUUGUCUCUGCUCUGCAUCGAUAUCCAGGCUAAUAAACUGUUACAUCUAAA